UGCUUAGGUUGCCGUUAAAAGAUUUCUGCGCUCACUCACCCCACCCCCUGCUUUGGAAAUUAUGACGUUCACCAGUGAAAGUCUCAAACUUUGGGCGAAUGAAGUUCGCCCCGGAAGCACGCGUCAGACUAGGGUGGAGCCGCAAGUUUGUGCGCGGUUCGAGUUUGGAAGUUGCAGGUGAGGAGCGUGUUGGUUACAGGUGACUGAGGAGUGAUUUCAGUACACGCCGCACAGACUCCGGUGCAAGAAUGCGGUCGAAUAGUUGUGGGUCCGAUCUGCUUCUGCCUCUGAGCGAGUGGCUCCGUUUACCCAUAGAACAGGUAAAUUUUGCCAUGUGCCAAGUUUUUGGAUUGUUUGCAGCCUUCUUGUUUCGGCACUACCUCCACCCAAGCAAGAGCAGCCAUGUCAUUAGGCAUGUGGUGGUCACCCUUCUGGGUCUUCACUUUGCAUUCUUCUGCUUUGGCAGAUAUGCUAUUCACUUUCUUGUAGAGGUAUUGCUGUUAUACGGUGUCAUGGUGACAGUACACAUCAAAAACAUUCACAAGUACAGUUUCCUGGUAGCAAUGACCUAUCUAACCAUCUGCCAAAUCAUCCGAGUCUACAUCCUGGACGGGAAAGAGUGGUCUGCUGAUUUUUCUGGGCCGUUAAUGGUGAUCACACAGAAAGUUACAAAACUGGCUUUUGAACUUCAUGAUGGUCUGGCCCGAGAUGAGGAAGAAGUGAAUCUACCACAGAAACGCUUAGCAGUGAGGCGGAUACCGAGUCUACUUGAGUACGUCAGCUACAACCUCAACUUCAUGGGCAUUCUUGCAGGACCUCUGAUCUCUUUCAAUGAUUACAUCACCUUCAUCGAGGGCAGGAACUUCGAGGUUGGGGAAACCCACCUUGCAAGUGAGACGCAGAGUAAAAUGAGCCCUCAUAAUGAACCUUCAUCUCUGCACGCUGUGAUGUGGAAGAUGCUGAUUUGCACUCUGUGUGUGUUUAUACACCUAUCCCUGAUGGAAGAAUUUCCAGUCACCUACAACAAUGAUGACGACUUUAUCAAGAGGAGGUCGAUGCCUGUGCGUUUGCUGUAUCUGUACGUUUCCCUCCUGGCCUGCAGGCCCAAGUAUUAUUUUGCCUGGACCAUUGCCGAUGCCGUCAAUAAUGCUGCUGGGUUUGGAUUCAACGGAUAUGACAGCCGCGGCAAACCGCGCUGGGAUCGGGCUUCCAACCUCAACAUCGCUAACGUAGAAUUUGCAACAAGCAUGAAGAUGUUUAUUGACAACUGGAACAUACAGACAGCUCUGUGGCUAAAAGAAGUCUGCUAUGAUCGAUGUCCUUUCAAUCGCACGUUGAUGACGUUUCUUCUGUCUGCGGUGUGGCAUGGCGUCUACCCUGGCUAUUACUUUACCUUCAUGACUGGCAUGUUCAUGAUACUCGCAGCAAGAGCAGUCAGAAGAAAUUUGAGGCCUUAUUUCUUAACUUCACCGGCACACAAAGCAUUCUAUGACGUGGUGACGUGGAUUACUACGCAGAUUGUGGUGAGCUACACCGUGGCACCUUUUGUCCUUCCUUUUAUGGAUCUGUCACUCAAAUUUUACAGAUCCUGGUACUAUGGUUUGCACAUUGUUGCCAUCGUUCUCCUGCUGGUGUUGCCAAAGAAACCCAAGUGUGCUUCGAAGGAACGGGAAAGGCUUCAAGUGGCCAAACCAAAAGAGACGAUGCAUGACUGCAAUGGACACAUGAAUGGACAAGCCACCAAAACCAUUGGAUGAAGAUUGACUAGUGGAGACGAGGGAAUCCGUGAACCCUCGAGGGAGGAAGAGUGCGUGUAACCCCUAUGACAGUGACUUAAGCACCAUUUGAAGCACAAUUGAAAGCUACUGUUGGAUUCAGCAUGGACUGAAGAAUAGUGGCUUUUACAGCAAGGGCCAGCAACGAAAUGUGCAAUAAUCAAACCUUUAAGAGGGGACAGUAUUAAACCCACGAUAGGUAGAAAGAGAACAGAAGUUAGGGAGAAAUUGUCAAAUUCAUAGAACAACUCACUCAACUCAUUGGUUUAAUUGUACUGGUUUUCAGGAUGCCCACAAAAUGUGAAAAGUGGGCUCAAAAAUUGUAAAACUUGAACAAGAUUUCCCGUUUGUUUCCUUUUGAACAAGAAUU